GAACACGACAUCUACGAUGUUUGCAUUCUAUCUCACAUGUUUGUUCUUGGGGAAAACGGCUUGGACAACUGAACUGAAAUUGUCCUCAUCUGUGCACCAAGAGAGUGGUUUUGUAUCAGCUAAUGUUGGAGACAAGGUAACUUUGCGAUGUUUUUAUGAUGGUGAUGCUGCAAGGCUUUACUGGUAUAAACAAACUCUGGGACAGAAACCGAACCUCAUCUCUACCUUCUAUAAGUAUGAAAGAAAUGGCUCUUUUCAUGGUGAAUUCAAGAAAAAUCCACGCUUCACACUGGAUACUGAAAAUGGUAAAAACCACUUGAAGAUCUCAGAUUUAAAUAUUUCAGACUCAGCUACAUACUACUGCGCAAGUAGCUAUACGUUUAUUUUUGAGUUUUCAGAGGGCAUUACUGUCAGUGUAAAGGGUUCAGGUUUGAACAUCCAAGCUUCGGUCCAUCAGUCAGCAUCUGAGACCAUCCAGCCAGGAGGCUCUGUGACUCUGAACUGUACAGUACACACUGGGACCUGUGAUGGAGAACACAGCGUUUACUGGUUCAGGAACUCUGAAGAAUCUCAUCCAGGACUCAUGUACACCCAUGGAGGCAAGAAUGAUCAGUGUGAGAGGAAACCCAACACACAAACACACACCUGUUUCUACAACUUGCCACUGACGAGUCUGAAUCUUUCUCAUGCUGGGACCUACUACUGUGCUGUUGCUUCAUGUGGACACAUACUGUUUGGAAACGGGACCAAGCUGGACUUUAAGCAUGAGGUGGACUCUCUUGUCUUUGUGUAUAUGUUGAGUGGCGCUUUGGCAUUCACCACCAUCCUGGUUGUUUUACUGGCUUUCUCAAUGUACAAGAUCAACAGCUCCCAAUCUACAGAGCCUCAAGCAAGAUUUUCUGCAAAUGAAGAGGGUUACCAAGACGACCUACAUUAUGUUGCUUUAAGGGAAAUCAAGGCCAAAGGAACAAGAAGACAGAGGAACAACACUAAGAAUGAAUGCGUGUAUUCCAGCAUAAAGCAGUAGACUGGAUGUUUCAUUUGUACUUUUGGCAGUGAACAUGUGAUCAAGUUUCCUAAAUAGGACGUACAGUGUCACUUCUGGUUGGCCAAUCAAACACAGUCUUGUCUCUGAAGAGAGGAGAAAAGAUUGAGAUUCUUUUCAUUCAGCACGACAAUUUGAA